AAGAGACUCGACACUGGACCCGGACCUUGCCAGACUAGCAGAAGACGGAAACCGUGACGACCCCACAUCCUUGUAUGGCGUUGAAACGUACGGGGUCGGCUGCGAGGAUAUGUGAAGGCGCAACGCUUGGUCCUGCUUCCAAGAAGAGGAAGCCGUUGCGCAUCGUGAUACCUUGCGUGGACGUCAUAAAGCCUCCAUCUCCCGGGUCCGAUGUUGACCCCUUUUCCGCGCUCUCUUCUGGAUCAUCCUCUCUGGACUCGCUCUUCGACGAAACGGAGUCCACGAACGGCGCCGACGAGGAUAUAUUUCCUGCUUCCCUGACAGCGCCUUCGACGAUCGGAGGCCUCUACUUUGAUCCAACCGUCUUGUUGCCAGAGAUAUGCGCAACGAGCGUUUGGGAGUUUUGUCAGGAGACGUACUUCCGUUCACCCGGCGUCAAUCAAGUGAUGCUCUUUGGGCGCUUCAAUCCUGAAUCAGAGGAUGACGCCCAUAUCAGUUCGUCGAUCGGCUUUCCCCCUGUCCUCGUAUCCCUGCUCGACACCCUCUCGGUCGUCCUGCGGCCAACGUUGCCGAAGGAAACCUAUGACCUGCUAUUCCCCGAGACGCCCACACAAGCGCGACAGGCCAUUAUCAACCUGUAUCAUCCUGGCGAGGGUAUUACGCCCCAUGUUGAUUUACUGGGGCGCUACGCAGACGGAAUCAUUGGCGUCAGCUUUGGGAGCGGUUCAGUCAUGAGAUUCGACCAGGUUACGGAAGAGGUAGAAUCUCAUGUCCACUCGGGGCCUGAGAAAGCAGGUCGCCACGACUUGUACCUCCCGCAACGCAGCGUUGUGGUCCUUUCGAAGGAUGCGAGGUAUAAAUGGACGCAUGGGAUAGACAAACGGACUCGCGACUACGUUGUACACGGAUCGUCAGCUGGAGAAGAGGACAAGGUGCGGUUUAAAUACAAGGCCGGUCUACGAAAGCAAUACGAAAGCGAUGAGAUGACAUGGCAACUGGUAUGA